UCAGUCAGUCUCAGUUGACCAGUGCAUCGGUUCGGGUGUGUAUUCCGCAAUUUUAUCGUUUCGUUCCGGUCGCUUGACCUCCCCUCUUUCCCAGCAAACCCUUCCGGUUUUUUAAUAGUAGAGUGCACCGUCCAAAACUCGACAGAAAAAAGAAGAGUCUGAAAUUCACCACACCAUACCACCAGCCUCUCAACCAGCACCCGUAGUUCCUAGUUGAAUCGUCAAGAUGUCGCAUGCGGUCGUCAUAACACGGACUACAACCACCACCACCAGUACCUCGCAUGUUGUUCUCAACACCGGCUAUCUGAAGACAACGCCCGGUCUGCUCAAACUAGCUCAGUUGAUCAUCGGUGCCGUCAACGUUGGAAUUGUAGCAUGGCAUCUGCGUCGCUACCAUUCCGUCUAUGCCAGCGGUAAUCCGGAGCUGUUCUUCCUGCUGAUGGCGGUUGCCUUCCUGAUCGGAACCUUCUGUCUGUUGGCAUCGUGUCUCGUUUCGCUGAGUACCGGCGGAAUCAUUUCCAAAACCAUCUACGAACUGGUCUAUCAUACGAUUGCCUUCUUGUUGUACCUCAUUGCAUCGAUCAUACUGCUGGUGGACGUCACCAACGGACGAUACUACUCGACUCUCAAGGAUGCCUACAUGAUUGCUUCUAUACUGGGCAUCAUCGUUUCGGCACUCUACCUAUUCAGCGCUUUGUUAGCCCAGCGAUCUUACCGAGGAAUCUAACCGAUUAAAGUCACAAAAUUUACACCUAAUUUAUAAUAUUGUGCAACUAAAAAAAAAAACUCAUAAAAAUACCACAUAAACAACAAUAUUGAACCAUACAAUCACAAACUACGUAUAAGUGUCGUCAGUUGCCUGAACCAUGUGUGCUUAGAAAUUUUGAAUGCUUUUAUGAAAUGUCUUUUGAUACAGUUUACUACAUUUUUGUUUGUCUUCAAAUUUUAUACAAGUUAUGUUUUGCAUUAGUAGAUAUAAGUGUACUGCCAAGGAGGAAGAUCUAUUACAAACUUAUUAACUUAUUGUUUCUCUCAAAAUUAAGCCUUCCCGAUUUUACUUUAAAAUAUAUGUGAAAACAGGGCCAAGAUCUA